AUGACUCCGACGCUGACGGAUCCGUUCGAUCUCCUACAAUACAAGACGUCGGUAGCCGAACAGCGACGCUGGGUGCCGUUUUCGAAAUCCGACGACAACGAGAAGAACGAUUUCUACCGCCAGCAAAAUGAGAUGAUCGACGGGUUCUUAGGGAGCGCCGACGAGGAGCGUCUCAAGGCCGAAGAUACCGCAGAGAACGGAGGCAAGGUGAAGCUGGCGGUGCGUGCCAGUUUCGUGGUCAAUUUCUGCCUGUUCGUCAUCCAACUCUACGCGGCCAUCUCUACCGGCUCGCUCUCCCUCUUCGCCACCGCCGCCGACGCAUUCAUGGACCUCGUCUCGUCCAUCGUCAUGCUAAUUACCUCACGCAUGUCCUCGCGUCCCAAGCCAUACAAAUACCCCGUGGGACGGAGACGUAUCGAGACGAUGGGUGUCAUCAUGUUCUGUGCCCUGAUGACCACCGUGGCCGUGGAGCUGAUCAUCGAGUCGGCCAAGUCGCUGGCCGGGGGCGAAACGGACUCCGAUGACCUGGCCACGGUACCGAUUAUUUGCGUUGGCGUGGCGAUUCUCUGCAAGUUUGUGCUGUGCGUGUAUUGCUAUGGCUUGCGGCGGUAUCCGGCAGCCGAGGUCUUCUUCAUCGAUCAUCGCAACGAUCUGGCCGUGAAUGGCUUCGGUCUGAUCAUGUCCGUUGUGGGUGACCGGUUCGUGUGGUAUCUUGAUCCUAUCGGAGCAUGCUGCAUUGCUCUCCUGAUUCUGUUCUCGUGGGCCUCGACCGCAUUCGAGAACAUGUGGCUGUUGGUCGGAAAGUCCGCUACCCGCGAGUUCCUGAACAAGGUUGUCUAUGUGACGUUGACGCACGACUCGAGAAUCGAGAAGGUCGACACUUGCCGCGCAUACCAUGCCGGACAGCAACUCUAUGUCGAAGUUGAUAUCGUCAUGGACCCGGAAACCAAGCUGCGCGAGUCUCAUGAUGUGAGUCAAGCCCUGCAGCGCAAGUUAGAGGGUCUCGCCGACGUCGAGCGGGCAUUCGUGCAUGUCGAUUAUGAUUAUGCUCAUGACAUCCACGAGGAGCACAGACCCCUGUAUGACCAAGUCGGGUCUAAUUCAUCGAUCAGGACAUUGGUGAAGCGGUUCUUGUUCAAGGAUGACCAAAAGACUGAUGGAAAUGGAUCAGCAGUUUGA